GGCCAGAAGCAAGACUCGGGCUCAAAGUGAAAAUGCUGCAGUCACUCGCAGUCGUGCUGCUCGUCUGCUCGCUUGCGGUGGCUGAGAAGCCGGUGACCAAGCGCUACACCGCGCUAACACCGCCCCUGCCACUUCUCCAGGGGGAAGUGACCAACGCUUUCCACCGCCUCGCGAUCCCGAAGGGUCCCAUCGCCGUGUAUCGCUUUGAGGCCGAAGUCGUGGAGAAAGAUGUCAGUGGCAACAUCGUGCCUGUGCCCACAUACGACGCCUACCUCCAUCAUCACGUGUUUGGCAGCACGCACAAGCAAUACGACGCCAUGAAGAGUCGCUGGGCACCCAUGAAACCGAAGAAUUUCAGUCGUAGUGUGGCUUUCGGUGCCGGUACCGAGUGUCGAGGCACGCCGCAGGAAUUCUACUUUCCUUAUGCAUUUAUGACUGUUGAGGAGGAGGACGAGUGGGUGGCCAAUGUGCACAUUAUCAACACCCGUGAAAUGGCGCCAGAGCGUGCGCAUCGCUGCUUGGAGUGCCCCUGUACGGCCGAAGAUGUGGUCACUGAUAAUUCGGUGAAUGGCAUUCACUUCCGCAACGGAAGCUGCAAUGCUCAGUUGCAGUUCGAAGAGAACACAGUGUGCUCGGCUGAAACGUACCACGGAGGACUGCGCUGCUGCGAAGACGCCGAGUUUUGCCUCGAGCACAAUGAGCUGGAGGUGUCUGGGCCGAGUCAGGCCACUUACCACUUGCGCUACUCAUUGGAAUACGCCGACAUCGUGUCAGAGAACCGUCCGCUAUAUCUUGCGGCGUGUUGCGAUGCCUCGGGAGCUCUGGAACACAUGGGGAACGUCGAGUACGACGUGCCCGUGUGCGACCCAGACACACAUCCUGGAUGUGUCCACACGCUGUCGACACGCCAGCGACUGGAUAAUGGCAGCAUCCCGCUGUUCGCGUAUCGUCAGCAUCCCCCAGAACCGGAGCGCGAAGUGGAGCUAGUGUACGCAGUUGGUCAUCAGCAUCGCGGUGGCUUGGGCAUCCAGCUGUACGAUGAUGCCACAGGAGACUUACUGUGUGCUUCUGUACCGCAGUACGGCUCAGGAAGCGAGGCUGGAAAUGAAGACGGAUACGUCAUCUCUAUGAGUACGUGCACUUUCAAUCCGCCACGUCGUAUGCGCACAACGGACAUCGUUCGGAUCGUGGCUCUGUAUAACAACACAGUGCCGCACACUGGAGUGAUGAGCCUCAUUUGGGAGUUGCUCUUUCUGGGUGUCGUAGCGGGAGCUGCUGCUUGUGCACUAGUGAUUGCGGUUCUAACGCGUUGGAAGCAUCGAGCUGGCUACACGCCACUUCAACCGCGAGCCAACUGA